GGCUAUGAUAUUUUAUUUAAUGUCAGCCAUCAUUUUGCUGAUUCCUUUUCUCUUUAAUCUUGAGGAUUAUAUCCUAUAUUAUGACUUUGCCUCCCUCCUUUGUGUUUAAUAAUGGAUAUUUGAUACUAAUAGGUAAUUCAAGCUUUUUGAAUCGUUGCUGUUAACCGUGGCUAUUAUGUAUGCUUAAUCUUUCACACUAAAUGUAAUAUUUUUACUAGCAUCAGCUUUUAUUUUUUGGUGAGAAUGUGUUCUCUAAUUCUGACAACAUAUAUCAAGCCUGUAUAUACAUAUGUCUAACCAUUAUUUUGGCUAAUCCUAUUAGUAUUACAUUCCAAGAUAAGCUUGCUGCAAAAUACGAACCUUUUCCAUACUCUGUUAUGAUGUUUGAUAAAGUUGGAUAAGCACUGACAAUUAGUAAAUUAGUAGAAGCCCUAAUUUUGGAUAAGAUUUCAUUUACAAACUCUUCAUUUGUUCUGUCUGCUCUUCUUAUGAGUUAAGUACCCAUAGCUGUUUUGUUCAUUGGAUUAAGAGAGUAUCAUUCAACAUCGGAUUCUUAUUCCAAAAUUAAAGAAUUGGCACUAGAAAACUCAAUAAUUUACCUAAUAACUUCAUCAGUAUUUCUAUACUUAAAGUAUGCCAAUAUAGUAAAAUUAGAUUCAUAGACAUAAUAAUAUUUAUCGAUUAUCCAAUUUGUUUUAUAUUCAAGUAAUAUAUAGAUAUAAAUUAUAGCAAUUUAUUAUUAGGUCAAAAAGGUUAUUAAAUCAAGAAAUCAAUCAAAAAUAAAAUAAUAUUGA